CACAAGCUGUAUUCAUCCACAAGCUUCUUCAUUAACAGUCAACAGUUUCACACAGACCUCAUAAAUGGAUAGCAAAGUUGCAGUGUACUGCGCAAUUGCAGCGGUCCUCGGAAUAAUAGCUGCAGCCACCGGUUUCGCAGGGGAAGCAACUAGGGUUAAGGCUUCUGAAGUCUUUAUCGUGCUUGAUUCUUGUGUUUAUCCAAGUAGUCCAGCACUUGCACUUGGAAUCGUAUCAGCUGUGUUCACAAUCAUUACACGAAUUUACAUAAGUGUUUCGUUUGGUGGAUCUGGUUGUUGUCGAAGCGACCCUAAUUCGACCCCAAUUUCAAAACUCCUUUUUGUAUUGUCAUGGGUAGCUUCAGUUAUAGCUGUGAUACUAUUGCUUACAGCUGCAGGACUAAAUAAUAGACAAGGUGGACAGAUUGAUUCAUAUGGUUAUAUUACAUGUUAUGUUGUGAAGCCAGGAAUAUUUGCAGCAGGAGCUAUAUUAGCUCUGUUAAGUGCAGUUUUCGGGAUUGGUGCGUAUCUUACAAUAUCUUCAGCAACACAAGCCGCUACUGGUCCUACAGGUCCACUCCCAGUUGGUGCCGGUGUUGAUCUCGAGAAAUAUCCUCAGCAAUACACUCCUCAGCAGUACACUCAUCAGCAAUACCCUCCUCAGCAGUACCCUGCUCAGCAAUACCCUCCACAACAAUAGAAAAAAUAAUGAGAAAGAAGAUUUACAAAGGUUGUUACUUUGAAGAUAUUUACUUUUUAUGGGUGUGUUGAGUUUCUCGGAUGUUUUAUCUCAGACCCUCAGUUACUAUAUAUGUUUCAGUUUCCUAAAAGUUUGAAGUGUAAUUUAUAGUUCAAUUUUCAGUCCAUCGGUUCUUCCAGUUUGUGUAAGUCAUCGAUUAUUAGAAUAUUUAUUGGAUCGAGAAAUCAUAUAUGAAGCCUUACUUUCAUUCA